AUGGAGACGCCAGGCGCGUCUGCCAACGCGACUUCGUUCUUGCCGUCGCCAGCAGACUUGCUCAUGGCAUUACCGCGCCUGUUCUCCAAGGCCAGUUCUCUCGGUGACAUGAUGCGCUCGGGUGGAAGCGUUAUCGCAGAACCUACGGCCAACAUGACAAACAGCACCAUGACGACUACAGGCUCGGGAUUUGUACAGGAAUCCAUCGCUGCAGCGGCUUCUGCGAUUUCCACCGAGGGCGAGAUGACCGUGUGGCAAGCCUUGAGGAACGUAGCCGCCUGGUUCAGCUACAUUACUUCCAAAUGGGCCGUCGCAACAUUCGCCUUGGCAAUCGUGCUUAACAGAACACACUUCUACGCCAACAGCCGCGUUCCGCUUUCCUUCGACCGCCUCUACCUUCGUUUCGCCCUAUACAUUAUGCCCUUGAUCCUCUUCCUCUAUCAGACGCAGAACACUCUACGGGCGAUACGCUGCCAAACCUCCCCGGGUUGGUCAGAGAUGCAGUACGGAGCGGAUGGUAGGCAGCUGGAUACGGACUUCGGUGGCGAAGGCGGCUUUCUAUGGCAAGUCACGUCAAAGAUACUCUUCUGGGAGACUACAGAGAGCUCAUGCCGAGCCGCGAAUAUGCUACCCAUCGGCCCAGCGACCACGCGGCCUUCUGGAUCGCUAGCGCUUCUGUGGCCGAUGUUUGUGACUCUUGGAUUUGGCCAGUUCGUCGAUACCUUGGCAUGCGCCCUGCAAGGAAGACGCCCGAUUCAGGAAGUCGGAAUGACCAUUUUCGAACAUUCGCUCGCAUUUGCAGAGGCUGAGGCUGUCGUUACGAAGCCGCUAGCGGUCGAUUCUGUACGCUUCUUCAAACCGAAGUCUGUCUUCACUCCAGAUGGUACAUCCUUCACGAUUCCGAGGUCGAAGCUCUCCAAGAUCGCCAAUGUACCGCCGGAAGUGCUGUUGAUUUCCCUCAUCUCUAGUUUCAGCCACUUCAUGAGCAACUUGUUAGCGAUCGCCGGAGUGCGCUCUAGAUGGCGCCUCGUCACGACAACAAUCUGCGGACUCGCCUACAUGUCAGCUUUCGCAUGGAGCUGUGUUCGUCUAGCAACCAUGGUCACUGAUCCAGACCACUAUGUGGGGAUCCUGAGAUUUCCUACUGUAUGCAUCAUUGGAUUCAUCCCACACUUGCUGAUACUUGUGGGCAUCGCGAUAUGCGCACUAAUCUACCUGCUGGCCUUCAUCAUCACCGUACUAUCUCCACCUGCAGGACAUGCCGACAAUUUGUCUCUGAGAGAGAGAUUUGCAUCCGCCUACGGCAAUCUACAUGCCAACAUCCAUCUGUCCUCGAUUACGCCUCUGACUAUUAAUUGGCACGAAGACUUCUAUACGACUAUACUCAAGGUAGGCUACGUCAUUCUCACAUCCGCCAGUGAAGCUGUGUUUCUCAACGAAGGAACCAAGGUCAACGUGCACCCAAUGACCUGGCUCGAAAAGCAGAGACUACAGAAGUUACUCGCUCGGCGGAGAAGAACACGAGAAAUGAUCACCGACAUCCCGUCCGAGCUCAGGAACGACACAUUCGCGCAAGGCAUCGAGGUAGUUGACGAACUCAACGAUGUCAGAACGGAUACAUCACUGUCGGGUUACGCAAAAGAACGUAAGACGCGAGGAGUACAGGCAUCCACUGAACCUGCCAUUGGACAGAAUGAUCCUGCGAUUCAACAACGUAGUCGCUACUUGCAGACCUAUCAGUUCUUCUUCCGUAUAUCAAAGUUGAUUGUACUUAGUCUUGCAAGGAUUACGGACUGGGCCUUGACUAAGAUCUCGAUCAGCUACCGACCAAGAUGGCUGCAACGCGCUGUUGGAUUCCACGCUGAUCAUGUUGAUAAAAUAUAUGCUCCGCGAUACCCUGAUCAAGCGUCGGCAAGAGAGUCAUGGCUUACUACAGAUGACCGGUCUCGAAUUCUCCAAGACCGGAAUUUUGACGUUGAGGUCUUCGCGAAGGAGAGGCUCCGCCAGAGUGGGUUCUAUUCGGGACCUAAUGGGGAAGAUUCUGAAGAACGUCUUGACAACUACCUGUACUCCUGGUGGCGCAACGGUAGCCUAUGGAAUGACGUUGACAACACCAGAGACUAUGUUGACUCGCAAGAUGAUGACACAACUAGUGUAGUGUCAUUUGCUACCACAACAGACAACGACGAGUGGUCAGACAUGGACGACGGUCAAAGAACACCUACGCGUGCAACAUACCAGAGAAGUCGAGAAGCAACACCCAUCCCUGACGACGCAAUGGAUUUCUCGAGACUCUCUCAACUUCUGGAUCCGAAAUCUAGUGAGGAUCGUGAAGAAGCCAAGUUGCUGUCUCGCCACCUCCAGAGCUCCAAUAUCAUGACACGCUCGCAGUACCGCAAAGCUCUUGAGCGCGAAGAGGCAAAGAUCCUCACAACAUCACGCUAUAAGAUGAGCGGUGGCGGCGUCAACAUGUCACCCGAAGAAGAAGAGCAACUUCUGGAAGAUCUCAUACUCAGUCGUCGGAGCGCAACAGCCCCGCAAGGCGCAAGUACAGCUGGAAGCUGGGACACGGGUGCAGAAGGUAUGGGCUCGGAGGGACCACAAUGUGUACUCGGUCGAUUGCCCUCACCCAAGAACCAGACCCAAAAUUUUAUGCAGCCAGAGCCCAUCAACGCAUCACAAAACGCUUCGUACCAGCAAACCACUCUCGACACCGCCACCACCUCCCAGCAUGGACAGCGCCGCAGCCUUGACUUCCAGGUCUCUCUGCAGCCUCACUCGGGUGAGCUGCGGGGCGAGCCUGGGCCACAACCCCGCGGGUUCGCACGCGAUGCGACGCGUUCAGAGGCCGAGAAUACAGUCGGGACCGAGGAAACAGAUGGACUGAAGCGCGUCGCGUCUCCCUCACCACCCCCGAGGGACAGGAUCACCGAAUACGAGAAUGCGCUGAAGUCUUCACCGCGAAAGCCUGCUGACGGACCCCUCUUCGAGAUCGUCAAGAGCAACAAGAAGCCCAGCGAUAAGAGCUCUCCUAUCGCGAACCUGCCUAAUGAGGUUCUGAUCCAUGCUAUCGCCCACCUGUCACCAAACGAUCUCGCCGCCGUGUCCCUCGUCUCUCGCCGCUUCCAUGAUGUAGUCACUACCCCACACGCCUGGCAGGUGGCAUUCGGUCGCUACUUCCCUGGCCCGCACUCACUCGAAGAUGCCGCCUUUCGUUCAGCCCUCGAGGGCAGUGGCUCAGUCGUGCGGUCAGAAAAGAGACGCUUCACCAGGCUCACUGCGCUGGCAUCGUGGAGGAGCGAGUACAUUCUACGCACAAGACUGUUGCGAUCUUUGGUCAGGGGCAAGCCUGUACAGGUACCUGCGACGCCGUCCCGUGCGUCUCAAAUGCAGACCAUCACCCCAAUGAUUACCUACGAUGCCAAAACGUAUACCAUUAUCAACCACCUGCAGGCCACGUUCGGAUCGGGUUUGAACAAGAAGAUGCCGCGCUUCAUUCAUGGUGCAGACGAUAUCGGCAUGGUGACCAGCAGCGAUCCGAUGACCGGCAAAGUGGAUCCUUGGGGACAGAGCGACCCUCACUUCUAUGGCCAAUUUUCAGAACGCUUUCCGGGUACCGCAGAGUGGGGUCUGGGCUCCGGGGAGGUCGUCGGGCGGCCCAAUGUUAUGGACAUAUCGCAGCCAUACGGCAUGAUCUAUGGCCAAGGCUGUCCCGAGGGCUCGUGUUAUUACCGCUCCCUUGAGGAGAUGCGUGGUCGAUUCAUAGCUGAACCCACCGACUUCGCUAUGCCUGAAGUCGGUAUACCAAAGCUGGGCAUCGACGGUGGUGCUACCUGCAGCGUCUGGAUCGCCAAGUCAAACACGAUCCCGACGCUUUCGGAUGGCUUGAUUGGCAUGAUGAUGGGAUCUGCAGCUGGCGUCGUCAGUGCCUGUAGCAUCGGUACAGAUGGUCUUCGCUCGUCCCGUGUACAGCGUGGGGAGCUAACUGCGCGCUGGGUUCUCAGCCCAGGAGUGCCUAUUAUCGCCAUCGCCGUUGACGAACAAUACUCAACCAAGCGCUAUGCUCAGAACCGCAUUUGGGCGGUCGCUCUGAAUGCACUCGGCGAGAUCUUCUACCUCACUAAAUUCCCAACUCGCAGCCAGGCCACGAAAGGCGACAUUGAGCACUACUCGGAGUAUCUGGGUUGGCUCACUGGCCGCACCGUCUACUGGAACUUGGUGGAGCCCAGCCGGCGUACUGCGAGGCCUGACCCGUACAGCGAUGCCGAUGUCGACGGUAGUUAUUCGCCGCGAACCUCGUGGGAUGGCAUAUGCUUGAGCAAGGAUCAGAUCAUCGCCGAAACAAGGGAGAUCCAGGAAUAUCUUCGCAAGCAGCCAAAACAUUUCCGAAAAGCAUGCCUUGGAUGGGACAUGCGACGAACGCUCGAGGUCGACUUUGCUGGAGACGAUGGAAAUCAUGCUGGGGAAUCCGUAGUGGUCUUCGAAUGCGGGCUUGAAGAGGGAGACGUCGCCGAUAUCAAACGCUUCACCCGAUGUAAGAUCGACGAAAAGGACAAGAGUACGAACAUCUCGAGUCGCAUGUUCGCGCCUCAGCCUGCGCAAGCUACGUCUUUAUUCGGCGGCCCUGGCGCGGAUCAUACAAAACCUCCUCGUGGUCGCAGCUCUUCAUAUAUCUCGGGCACAAGUUCACCAGAACGAGCCGCUCUAUUCGAGGAAUGGAGGUGCUCGAAGCUGACUUUCGGCGGGUUCAAGAGCACUCAGGUGACUACCACAGCUUUGGACGUCUCUACCUUCGCCACUUUGACCUUGUUUGAGGAUCCUGCGCUAGGUUUCUCGACUGCUUCGACUGCAUCCUCGCCUUACUCUUCUCCGAUGUCUGUUGCAAGCCAGCCGGCCUCUCCCUCUGACAUUCCUGGACAGCGCGCAAGGUUCCUCGCCGCUGGUACCAAGUCUGGCGUGGUGCUGCUUUGGGAUGUCCGGGCGCCUACGUCGCGCUCGUCGGAUUACACAAACGAUAUUGAGCCUGUUCGUAUCAUCUAUACUGAUUCGCCAGAGAUAUCCUGCGUGGCUGUCACUUCACUCUAUCUCGUAGCAGGUGGAAACGACGGCUUGGUACAGGCAUGGGAUCCACUAGCCUCGAGCAUGUCGCCCAUUACAACACUUCACUCCCGUCACGCGUCGCGCGCUCGUAGACAGCUCGUGCAGGCCCAGGCUUCCGUUCAAGGAGUCGGCAUCAACAUGUUUGCUGCUGGUGCCGUAUGCCUGGAUCCUGAUCCGACGGUCUUGCGCGGUGCAGUGUCUCUUGGCAAUCAGCUUCGAUUCUGGAGUUACAGCUCAUCUGCAGCUGAUCAGUACAGAAGCAGUAAACGCAGGUUGCGAAGAGCCGAGCGUGGAAGCAACAAUACUACAGAGCGCUUUGCCGGUACAGGCAGAGUCAACCUGAAGAACUACAUCGCCAACGAACAGUUUGAGUUGGAGCGUGAUAGACAAGAGCGUCAUAAGCAGGCUGAGCAUUUAGCAGGCCGUUUUGGCACAGAGUUACUAAGUGAGGAGGAAGCUCUAGCAUACGCUGCAAUGCUUUCGCAAGAGGCUGCUGAGGCAGACGAACUACGCCGCAUCGAGCGCGAAAGCAGUGCACUUAAGAGUGAGCCUGUAACACCAGAGGCGAGCAUCCAAGGCCAACCUUCAUCGCCUGAUACCAAGGACGACGAUGAACUGGAUGCCGACAUCGCCGAAGCCAUUCGUCUUUCUCUCAACGAUAGCUCCGGAACUGGCAGCUAUGAACUCGCCUCUACGCCUCCUUCUGCGUUCGAGAUUCCGAUCAAGUACGCCAAGAGCAAGAAGUCUCCGCAAUCCCGCUCCCAAAAGGGUACGCCCAGGAAGGGUAAGGCCGCUGCUGGUGCAAGUAACGAGAGCGAAAUGUCAGAUUUAGAGUUCGCCAUGCAACUGAGUCUUGUUGAAGAGCAGAGUCGGAAGGAUGCCGAGGAUGCGUUUCCACCGCUCAGUCCAGCAGCUGGCAGUAAGGGUAAGGGGAGAAUGUGGUAA